AUGUAUAUUCUGGGUCAGAUUCUAUUGAUAGAUCUUUUUUUCCGGUGUAAACUACGAAUUUAAAGAUUUUUUUUAGCAAAAUGGGUGUUCAUACUAGUAAAAACAAACAGUGAAUUGGUGGAUCAUUUGGUGCGCAGCAAUCAAGUUUAUUCUCCAGAAGUCGAAAUCGCAUUCAGGUUAUUAUUACAUUUAUAUUUUUCAAUUAAUAAAAAAAUAUUUUUUUUAAGAUUGACUGAUCGUAAACAUUUCAUACCAGAAGAAGAGCACAGCUCUGCUUACAAUGAUAGUCCAGUGCGGGUAGGUAGCAUAAGAGAUUAUUUCAAUUUCGAAACCUUUCAGGCUUCCAUAGAACCCGAAGACGCUAUCGUUCAUUUAUCGGCUCCCAACAUAUAUUCAUUGGCUAUUGAAAAGCUUAAAUUCAAACGCGGUCACAAGUUCCUUAACAUAGGCUCAGGAUCUGGAUAUUUGAAUACGAUUGUUGGAUACUUGAUCGGUUUGAAUGAUUGUUUAUGAAGACGACUUUAUAUUUAAGGUGGAUCUGGAUGCAAUCAUGGUGUCGAACUCAAUCCAGUUCUUGUUAAAUAUGCUGAGAAUAAGGUCGCCGAUAUAGUAUCAACUCCUGCUCCUUUCUCUGUUUCGUGGUGUCAGCCAGAGUAAGCUCGAGAUAAAAUUUUUUUUAUUAUGAUUAAUUCCAAUCAAUUCUCCAAAGCUACAUUUUUCUUACAAAUUUCCAUUUUGUUGCAUUUAAUUUAUCGUAAAAUUAGGAGGGAAGAUUUUCACAAGUUUUUCAUACAUAUCUAAACAAUUCAGGUUCACAUCUUUCAAUGCUUUAUCUCAUGCCUAUUUGAAUCGUGAAGACCAACUCAGUUUUUACGACCGAAUUUACUGUGGAGCUUCCAUCGAAGAAAUGGAAGUAUUCGAACCUCUAUUGAAAAAGCUCCGAAUCAAAGGCAUUCUCGUCGCUCCGAGUCACAAUCGCGUAUGUUUUCAAUCUUUUUUUUUCCUUUUUUUUUCAUCUUUUCAGCGUUUCCCGAAAGUCCCGAGUUUUUUUUUCAUAAAAAUUAGAUUCUAGAAUGAAUAUUCUCAGAUGCUAAAGUUCAUACGCGUUUCGGAAAACGACUUCGUACUUUGCGUCGUGGGAGACUGUUCUUUCUCGGAAAUGGUGCGUCCACGCGACGAAGACAUUGAACCGAAAAUAGAACUCAUUCAGAGCUCGGCCAGGUGUGUCUUGACUUUUUCAUGAAUUAAUGGACCUUCUAGAAUUUCUUCGCUUCGUUGCUUGUCUCGCACAGUUGUGCAAGACGUUUUGCGCAUGGAAGCUGGCGAAAGAAAUCCCUUGAAAAUGAUCAGAAGUGAAAGACCUCGGAGUGACGACUACUACAGGUAUGUGUAACUUUUACUUUCUCUUGGGUCAACUCGGUGUUGUUCCAGCCUGCGAGACUGUCUUUUUGCGGUUCCACUUCCGAAUCGAAGGAAUUUUUUAAGACGUUUAAGUACUCUGCACACUGGAGAGUAUGUUUUGUCCAAUUUGAAUCAACUCCUAAUUUUUUUUCAGGCCCGUUUUCUUCGCAAUAUCCAAGGAAGGUAUGUUCAAAGUUUUGCACUUUGAUAAUUCUAUACCACAAGAGACCAGAAUAUUCACCUCCCGGCAAAACAUUUUCUCGAACACUGAAUUAGAAAUUCAAACUGUUUUUUCACCUCGGUUCUAAUAUCGCGUAAUUGAAAAUUCACAACAAUUUUUUGUUUGCGAAUGAUUUGGAUCCGUAGCAUUCUUGAAUCAUAAGUUAGCGUUGGACCGAUUACGUACUAGGUAAUACUGUCUAACAAUCUUUACUCAACUCGUUCAUAUUCCGAAUUGAGUUACAAAAAGGUAAAUUACAGUAUUCCAAUAAAAAACGGUUUCAGGUCCGGCUGACGAAAACGUCCAAUUCGAAAACUUGGAGUUUGUUCAUUCGGCAUGAUUAUUUUAUGCUUUUGUUUUUAUUAUAGGAUUCGAUCAAGAGCGAAUGCUUUCAAAAUGGCAAUCAAUGAGCUUGCACUAGCUUUGGCCGAAAGUGUAGACGAUGUCGGUGAGGACGACGAAGCGGCCAUGCAGAGGAUGUUCGAGGAAGAAUACGGCCUGCCAGUGGAGUUCGUUCAGCAACUCGACGAACAACCACCGCCGAUGUGCGAGAAUUUGAAGAUAGGAGGUCAAGUAUACCUUCUGGUUGCUCCAUACGUUGGAGACAUUGAGCCGCCCGGACUCGAGCAGUUCGAACUCCCGCCUCUGGACCUUCCACCUCCGAGGAACUCAGAAGGCAGAGUGCCGAAUCCAAACGCGCGAUUUCACGCAGUUCAUCUUCGCGACGAAGAAGAGCCACACUCCGAUGAUGAUGAUGAUGGAGCGACCGAUGAUAUGAACCAGGAAGAAGAAGUUCAACUGGAAAUAGACUUCGGAAAUGGGGACAGACAGUUCAACCGCGUGAACUUCUUGGUAAACGUAAACAACUUGGAUAACGACGACGAAGAGAUCGAAGAAGACGCCGACGAUCAAUGGCAAAAUGCGCCUCUAGACCCUCGUCGUGGCCUCGCUGCUUUCCUCCACGCCAGAGCCAGGCCAACGCGGCGUCUUAUUUUCCAGCGUUUCAUGAAUCGUCAAAGAAAUGCCGAACAAAUGGCUCAAGCUUCUGCGGCUGAGAUGGCUUCUUCUUCAAAUUCCAAUGAAGAAGGUUGGUCUUCUUUUUUCACCGUCCCAUUUAGUAGCUUCAGUAUCAAAAACUCGAAUUUCGGAAGUUCUUGAAAAGAUUUGGAAAAAAUUUUCACAAAGAGUCGACGUGAAAGGUUUCUAUCGUAGCAAAGCGUAGAUUUCUCGCGAAUAAACGAAAAAAUGUUGAAUCGAAGUUCUUACUUCGAAAGUAUGAUAAAUUCCUUUUAAAUCUAUACAUACAUGAGCAAGUAAAGAACUAAUUUAACUCAGGAGUAGAGGUUGACUUACAAAAAUAACGGGUAAAAAUGAUUAUCUCCUAUCUUCUAGGCUGAAGGAAGUAUUUUUGGCGAUAAUAAAAAAAAAAGUUUAACUGCAGGAAGGUGAAUUUAAUUCGAUGAUUUGGAAGAAAAUAUUGACGGCCUCCAAAAAGUUCUGCCCAUAGAUGAUAUGAUGUCAUAAAAAAGCUUUUAGGAGAAGAUGAGGAAGAAAGAAAUGCUGAAGAAGGCGAGGCGCGAAAAGCGACAAAACGAUCGCUUCAUUCUCCCGAAAGAAAGGUCAGUUGUAAGAUUCUGCAGGAAUUUAAAUUGAAGGUAGUGGUUAUAAUUUUCCUAACUAUAACGUUUCUAUUUAUAACACUAAACUAUUAUUUAUUUAUUCUUUAUUAUCUGUUUUUCUUUGCCCUUAAAAGUCAAUUACAGAAGAAAUCGAAAAAAGAAUUGGAUGAUCUGAAGAAAGAAACGCCAGAAGAGGCGCAGAAGGAGUCUUUGAUGAGGUUCAUGGAAACGUUCCAGAAAUUACUCGAUUCCUUGCCUGUUUCUAGAGGUGUUCGUAACGAGAUAAGAAAUUUCUUACCUUAA